UAUGGUGUAGAUCUGAUCCAUACUCCGGAACAGAAGGGGGCAGUAAUGCACCUAAACGCUGGAUGCCAACGGCCGUAAAAAGAAGAAGUUGUGUGACAAAGAUGCUCUGAUUGAAUAGAUGAUCCUCUUUAAACCGACGUCCAGUGAAAGCGGAAGUGCGUGUUGUCAGAUUUGAUGUAGAGCGGAAAAAGAUAACAAUAUUUAAGUUAAACAUAAAUUUUUGUGGUUUAGAUAUUUAAAACAAACUUCAUAUUUUAUAUUCAGACUUCUAAUUUAGACCAAUUCAAUUUCCUUUAAAAAAGAUAGAUAGAAAUACUGCCGAUUUAGCAAUUUGUUUAUUUAUAUAUUUUAUUAGACUUCAUGCACAAACUAAUUUAAAUUAAACAAGUUAAACAUUAUUUUGUAAAAACAAAAAAGUUUUUAACACUCUGAACGUGUAACCGAUUUCUGGGUGGGCUAUCUCUCUCUCCAGUGUAUUAUCUUGGUCCGGCUGUUUUCCGUGGCCGUUUAGACUGAAAACAACAUUAGUUUGCUGACAUGGAGGAAAUAAACUAAACGGCAAAAACAGUGCAUACUUGUAUUAUAUUGUUUACAAGGCUUGCGUUUGGCAUAAAGUGACACUUUGCAGCUGUUCAGGCAUUUGUAUAACGGUAUACAAAUACAAAAACAGGGGUCUAUGGGGGAGGUCACCACUGCAAUUCAAUACCAUCGAGUACUGGAAAAACAUGAAAUCGUGACACUCUGACCCCGCUGAAACAAACAAAAACACUGAAACAAAGACAAACGCGUGAACAAUGUGCACAACAACUGAGAGAUAGCAGAAUGAGCUACAAUACGACCUGCUCUUUUCUGUAACAAAACACCUCCCUGUUCAUUUAUAAUUAGACAAAACUUUGCACACUGCAAAGUGACAGAGCUGGAUUUGGAGGACUUUGGAUCGGUGUACUUUGAAAGCUUUCGUUGCGGUACGAUCAUCAUGACUUUACUGCCGAAGAUCUUGCGGUGUGUGAAGAGAGGCGCUUCAUCAUUUCACUUUCAAUGGACUGCCAACAUGUCAACGAAUAACAGGAGACUUCGAGUACUGGUGGACAUGGACGGUGUACUUGCAGAUUUCGAGGGAGGAUUUUUAAAGAAAUUCAAGGCGAGGUAUCCGAACGAGCCGUAUAUAUCUUUAGAGGACAGGCGAGGCUUCUGGGUAUCGACACAGUACGGGGAAAUGAGAAGCGACCUGUGUGACAAGGCCAUAAGCAUUUGGGAGUCAAAAAACUUUUUCAUUGAGCUGGACCCUCUACCUGGAGGUGUGGAAGCUGUGAAGGAGAUGUCUGAGAUGGAAAAUACAGAUGUCUUCAUUUGCACCAGUCCAAUAAAGCAUUACAGCUACUGUCCAUAUGAAAAGUUUGCAUGGGUAGAGAAACACCUGGGCCCUGACUUCCUGGAGCAGAUUAUCCUGACCAGAGACAAGACCAUAGUGACCGGAGACAUUCUCCUAGAUGACAAACCUGAUAUCUUGGGUGUGGAGCCCAAUCCUACCUGGGAACAUGUUCUUUUCAGUGCCUGUCACAACAAGCACCUGCCAUUGAACCCCUCCCAACGGCGACUUCUGUCCUGGUCGGAUGAUUGGAGGGAAAUGCUGGCAAGUAAGCGCCAGUAACCCUACAACCUCAAACAGCCCAUUUUGCAUCAUCUUGCACCAGGUGCUGUCAUACAUUCAGUCAAUGAUAAGGGGCAACAAGCUGAUUGACGCACAAAUUUUAGAAUAAUAAUAUAGUUAAAUAUAACAAACAGCCCUCACAUACCAUGUUACUCUCUAAAGGUCCAUAAUAAUGCCUUUUAUUGUUUGCAUGAUCCAAGGCAUUGUUGAAAAUAUUAAGUAAAGGGGUGAAUGAGGGAUGCAAACAAGUUUGAUUUUAAUAUCGAAUACCGUAUGUGUUCAUUUGUGACUGAUUUGAUUUUUAGCAUCACUUUAGUGUCGUUUUAUUGUUUAUUAUGCUUAUAUUAUACUCAGAAUUUUGUUUACAUUAAAUUUACAUAAAGCAUAAACUGCCUUCCUCUUUAAUAUAAAGAGGGUGGGAGAAAUUGUUUGUAAGGAUGGGAGAAUAACAAAAAUGUGUCUAAUCGCACAUUUACAUAUUAGCCCCACCAUAAGCUACUUUAAAGGUUCAAUCAUGGCAUUUUUUUAAAAUGCGGUUAUUAUUAGUAUUAGUUAUUAUUGUUUUGAAUGGCCUAUAUUGUGAAAGCAAUAAAGCCGAUAUAACACAGAUGUAAUUACAGUAAACAAGAGACAAAAAGAAAAUUGGUAAAAAUAAAUAAACAUUUGAUAUGCAUGGCCUUUUUAAGUACUUGUACUGCGGAUCUGAGACCUCACGUUACUGUUUGAAUAAGACUUAGCUACACACCAGACCAGAAUGUAAUUAUGUGUAACACAACGUAACUUCACGUUUUAAAGUGAAUCAUGAUUGAUGUCUGUCAGACACAGUGGCGGCUUUUGAAACUCAUCAAAACAUCGUCAUGUGUGUAGAUCGUCAUGACAAAAUAUGUGUUUGGCGCGUCAUGUUAAACCUAUGUGCAUGGCGUGUCAUGUCAAAAUACAUGCCUGUUACAGACGCCUCGUAAGGGUUUAUGAUAAAAGAGACGCUUGGGUUUGCUAGAUACUUGCUUAAUUUAAUUUGUAAUCAGAGUUUAGUGAUAAGUGAGGGUCUUGCGAGAUGUGGUCAUCUCUUUUAUCAUGAACCCUAUCGACACAUAUGCAGCAGGAACGUAUUUUGACAUGACAUGCCAUGUACAUAGGUUUAUAUGACGCACCAAACACAAAUUUUGAAAUGACGAGCCACACACAAUAAACCCCGGACACAUAUUUUGCUUUUUUGCCCUUCUUGGAAGAAGACUCACUGGCUGCCACUGGUCAGACAUAGGCUUUACAUCUGAUUGUCUUCAUUAUGAAUAAUAAAUAUAAGAAACAGAAAGAUUCAUUGUCCGCUGCAGAAAAUAUAUCGAAUUAUCUGCAGAUAUAUCAUUUAUGGCCAUAUAUCGGUCCGUCACUAGUUAUUAUCAUUAUGGUAGGAGUAUGCAUGUAUAAUUUUAUUUGUGGGAGAAUGUAUUACCCAAAGUAAGACACAUGUGUUCUUUGUUGUUAUAUAUCAUAAUUUAGCUAUGUUGUAAGUCUCACUAGUUGUCUAGAUCAGGCUGAACACUAUAUGUUUAGUUAAUCUACUGUGAACAGAACAGAGAACGUGUUUUGGGCUUGUAGCACUCUUAACACUAGAGGGCACUCUAACUACAUAUAAUAUUAUAGUCAUAAAAACACCUCUAAUACUUGGAUGUUGCUUUGUUUAAUGAGCCAGUGUUUAUUCAGAUCUCGCUCAGUAAUUUAUUGGUUUCAAGCAUGCAUUUUUUUGGGGGGGGGGGCAAUUUAUGCCUUUGUUUGAUAGAUAGAUAGUAGGCCUAUUUAAGGAUAGGACAGGAAAGUACAGCAAAUGGGUACGGGAUCGGCAAAGCGCCUUGAGCCGGGAUUCAAACUCAGGUUACUGAAAGUGCUUUUCAAAUAUAUGUCAGAGCACUGCCCACUCACCCCUCGACUCCAUGAGUUUUCUUCAUGUCUUGAGGGUAGUUUUAAUAUACUUGGGUGUUGAAAAUGUCAUUUAAAGAAUAGUUAACCCAUAAUGAACAUUUUGCCAUCGUUUUUUCACUCUUGUAUCAUUAUUUUAUCAUUUUUCUUUUGUAUUGUAGUAAAUGAAAAGUUGUGUAAGUGAUGAAAACAUUUUUGGGUGAACUAUCCCUUUAAUAAACCAAAAUUAGCGGUAAUAUUGUGUGUGAAAUAACGCAUAAGUUUCUUUUAAUAUUUAUACAAAACACAAUACAUUUAUCUUUUAUGAGCCAUUGUAGACAAUACUUAUGGGCUCAGUCACAAUCACAAAUCUUUUGUGUGAUUUUAAAACAAGACAGAGUUUAUCGUUCAUUUGAAAGAACAAACAAACAAAGUGUAAUCUUAAAGAUUAAAUAGUUUGGCGUAUUUCAUGAAACCGCAGAUGAUGGAAAGAGUCUAGAGAGUUUAGUGCUGUUCAAAAUGACAGAACUCUCUCUCCAGUGCUUAUGGGAACACUAAAGCUCAAACACAAUGGAAAUGAGCUCAUGAAUUUCAUUCAGGAUAUCAGCUAAGCAGCCUUAGCUUUAAUGAAAUUCAAAGAAAUCCUAAAGGGAAAGAUUAAACUGAGCCUUUAUUAUAUGUGCAAAGUACCUGGUUAUCUGAAAUAAAGAAAUGCAAAUGUAAAAACAAUUAAAACAAAGAUACCCUGUAAAGGUGAAUGUAAAAGGUGAAGUGCUAAACCCAUGCCUCUAUCAAUUGAGCUACUGUAUGCAUUAAAGUCAAAAGUUAAAUAAGUUUACAUGAUCUAACACAUGUAAUUUAGUUUACUCUGCAAUAGGAGAUCAUCUUAAUUUUUAAAGGCCGGACUAUUAAACGGUAGACAGCCCUAGACCAGUUCAGUGCUUGAGAAAUGGUUGCCAUACAUUGGUGCUGCAUUUAUAUAACUCAGCAAAAUAUUAGCCAAGAAAGCUGUGUGAAACUGUUCUUUGCUUGCCUUUUUGGGUUUAAAAAAUUUUUGUUUUCGUACUUUGUGCCAUGUAAUAGAUAUAUAUAGAUUUUGGCUUUAAAUUUUGUUGCUAAAUUCUGUUUUUACACAUUACACUGGAAAAAUGCAGCAUUUUAGUCAAAUCAACAUAUUUUAUGUUACUUGUUUUUGUAAGUUAUGUCAACUUAAAAAAUAAAAAAGUAAGUUGAAUUGACUUGCAAGUUGUUUUAACUUCAUGCUGAAUUUUUUUACAGUGUAGGGGCGGUUCACAUUUCGCAUCUUUUGCGUGCGCAAAUACGUUAUUUUGAAUGAAAUCUAAUAGAGAGCAACGCGGUCGCUACGCUAAUUUUUUUCAGGCGUGUCAGUGCCGCAGCCAGUUGAAAAUACUUUUCAGAAUGUCUCUUUGGAAAGAAGGAGGAAAGCAGUGUGGUUGUGUUUUCCUUAAAUGUGGAAUGUGAACCGCCCCUUAAGUUUAAAGAUCAACAAUAGUGGUGCUAGUAGCUCUUGGCUUUAGUAAAAAGCCUGGACUAUUCUGGAGACCCUGUGACAGCACCUAACAUGUGCUGAGAAUAAAACAACCAUGAAUACCAAAUCUAAUGUCAAAGCUAUGCCUCUGGCAUAGUAGUGUAUUCAUCAGUAUUACUGUAGUUUUAGAGAAAUGUUUGCAAAUAUUUAACAGGACUUUUUUUCUGAAUGAUGUAACCUUUAUGCAAAUGAGAUGUUUUAAUCUAUUUUAACUACAAAAGAGCAAAAUAUAAACUCUGUCUGAAAUGUAAAAAACACAUGUAUUGAAAAGAUGAUGAUUGAUUGGUGUAUAAAUAAUUUAGAUGAUUAUGUAAAUGUUUUCGGCGUUGGUAUUGACAUGCCGUGCUUGUUUUAUCACAGUGUUUUCUCAAUAAAUAGUUUAAAGGGAAAGUGUGUCAUUUUCUUUUAGAUGUUUCAAUACUUCUUCUUAUCAUUUAACAUGCAGAAUCAACUAAAGCCAAGCUGUUUGUAAGUUGAUGCCCUUAACUUUACAUCUUUAAAAAAACCUGAAAUUUUUAAAAAGCAUUCCCUGCUGCUGUCACUGGGGAUGUACCAUUUCAAAAAAGUACACCUUUGCACCUGCAAAAUUCAUAUUAGUACAUCAGAGGUAAAUAUUGGUACCAAAGAGUGCAUAUUAGUACUUCAAAGAUACACAUGAGUACCUAAGAAGUACAUGUUGGUACCAAAUGCAUACAUAUCUGUACCUGUCAAUGGUUUUUGACAAUUUUUUCUGACAGUGUAAACAUAAAGUGUGUGAACUGUCAUUGUGAGGCAUUAUCAAAAUAUUUCUGUUUUUGAUCAGCAACAUUGCCUGAAUCAUUUCUUAAAUGUGUCCAUGUUUAUAACACAGGCUGCCAGUUGAUAUUGUCCUCAUAACAGUGAUGUAUUGGUCUUGUUGACAAAUGCAAAUGCACGAGCGUCCUGGCAGAGCUGUAAGUGUGCUCAAUUAUCUUUUGCCAUGAACAUGAAAAUUAAUGCAUGCUGUUACUCAUCUUGUUAAUCACUGUACUGUAUGAUCUUGUGCUUCCCUACAGUCAUGUGGAUGUCACAGUUUGUGUUUGUUAAGGCUUGAAGGACUAAA